GUUAUACUAAACUCCAGAUUUGAAUCCCCAACUCUCCUUUUUUCUCUCUUUCUCCUCAUCUUUACUUCUCUCUCUACCCAUUAAUAUUUGUGUUCUUUUUCAGAAUUUAAAAAACCUCUUCAAAAAAACUCAAUUUUCAUUUUCAUUUUCAGUUCAAAGUUGAAACCUCUUCAACUCCCUUUUCAUGGUCCAGAAUUUCACACCCAACACCUGAACUAAACCAAAAAAAAAGCAAACUCAUCGUAUUAAUAACAAACUUCUGUAGUAAUUAUGAUGAUGGCUCAAAAGCCUCUACAUGAGCUUCUAAAAGAAGAUCAAGAACCUUUCUUGCUCAAGAACUACAUUGCUGACAGACGUUGCCAAUUCAAGAAACUCAAAUCAAGAACCCAACAAAACUUACUACAAAUCAAGAAAAGAAAACCCAUUCCUCAAAAUUUCUGCAAAAAUGCUUGUUUUUUCUCUGUUAUCAACUCACCCGACCUUAAAAAAUCGCCUCUUUUUGAGCUACAAUCGCCCGUUAAAAGCCCUCGUAAAACCACCAACGCUAUCUUCCUUCACAUCCCGGCUAAAACCGCCGGUCUUCUUCUUGACGCUGCUCUUAGGAUCCAGAAACAAUCGUCGGCCUGUCAAAAACCGAAGAGUAAUAGUGGGUUUGGUUUGUUUGGUUCUUUAUUGAACCGGCUUAAGAAAACCAGUCCGAAGAAGGAGCAACUCAGUAGAACUUCUGUUAAGGAUGUUUUAAAGUUUAGGGAUUCAAGAAAACGUAAUAAUGAAGAAGAAAUGAGCAGUGGUGUUUGGUCUGAAAGUAAUUGUAAUGAAGAAAAUAAUUCUUGGGAUUUGGAUUUGGAGACUUCAAGCAGUGGCCAAUUGUCUCAAGAAAUGGAAUUUGUUAGUAAUGAUAGCCCUUUUCAUUUUGUUCUUAAAAGAUCAAGUUCAUCCUCCUCCGGUCACCGGACUCCUGUUUUCUUGUCUCCGGCCACCUCCCCUUGCCGCCAUAAAACAGAGGUGAAAGAGAAUAAUAAUGAGGUAGAAAGCUUAGAAAAAUUCCAAGAAAAUAAUGAAGAAGAGGAAGAUAAAGAACAAUGUAGUCCUGUUUCGGUAUUGGACCCGCCGUUUGAAGAUGAUGACGAUGGUCAUUACGAUCAUAGUGAGGACGACGGUUUCGAUCUGGAAUGCAGCUAUGCAUUUGUACAAAGAGCAAAGUUACAGCUGUUGCAAAAGCUACGUAGAUUCGAAAAAUUAGCCGGGUUAGAUCCUGUCGAACUCGAGAAAAGAAUGCUAGAGCAAGAACACGAGUUGGAAGAAGAGCCAGAUUACGGAGACGACAAUGACGAGACAGAUUUAUCUGACGGAGAACAGGACACUGAAACAUUAGUGAUUGAAGAACUGAUGAGUAAAUCAAGCUUCUGUCAUCUACGAAAAAUUCCGAAAGACAUGAAAAGACUGGUGUCUGAUCUCAUAAAUGAAGAAGAGCGUGAGCAGAAUUACUUCGGCGAGAGGGAAACAACAGCGAAAAGGGUAUGCAAGAGAUUUGAAUCAUGGAAAGAAGUUGAAUCAAACACCAUUGAUAUGAUGGUAGAAGAAGAUUUCAAGAAAGAAUUAGAUGCAUGGAAAAAAUAUCAAGAACAAGUAAGUAAAGCAGCAUUAGAGAUUGAACUUGGUAUUCUUGAAUUAUUAGUCGAAGAAUUAUCUCAAGAACUAGUUAGCUUAGCUUAAUUAGCUUCACUUUGAUCUAAAAGAAAUUUUGCUUCUUGAAGAUCUUAGCUCUGCUGUUAAGUUCCAAUAAAAUUUUGUUUAAAUUUUUGUUUAAAUUUUUGUUUCUAAGUUAAAAAUGUUAAUUAGAGGAGUAUAAUCUAACAUCUACGAUGAAGAAUUAGGCUAAUUAGAAUGAUUAUGGUAGUAUCGAGUCGUUUACGAUAUUGGAUUCGAACUCGAGACAUUAAUAUUUUAUUAUGGUGGGGAAGUUGUAUGAAUGAUGUAUGACACAUAAGGAUGUACAAUUUCUUGUUCUUAAUUAAUAUAUAUAAGCAUGUAUAUGUGUAA